CCCCUUGAUGGUGCUGAUGCCUCUGACAAUAGACAGGUUUCUGGCAGUGAUCACCCCUCUCAAGCACAAGAAUUGGAUGACACAGCGAGUCAUGUUCCUUAUGAUAGGAGCGUGGUGGGUACCUGCCAUGUGUUCAGCGCUCUAUCCGCUAACAAAGUACCAUAUCGGUCCUAGUGCGAUGACCUACCAGAUAGAAUAUCACCGCUGCACCCUAGAUGACCACGACACGGGCAUAGCUGAAGCGGUUAUCUUCUACUUCACCCCCAUAAUCACCCUUAUAACCCUCUACUCUAUCAUGUUAGUCAACAUUAUCAAACAGCAGACUAGAUGCAAGAAACUGCUCCUAACCUCCCUGUCCAUCUGCACAGUGGGGGUACUCAUAGCUAUCCCUCAGACCCUGCUUUACAUUAACCUCCAUAUGGGGUACGAAGUAGCCCAGUUCUUCACAGUAACUCUCUUCUACAUCUCCCCGCUCUGCGACUCCUUCAUCUACUACUGUGUUAACCCCAUGGUCCAGCAGAUGCUACCCGAGUCUGGGAUCGGUCAAACAGUUCGGAGGUUCUCUCAGAGUAUAACCAACCUCAACCUGAACGUGAGACUGUCCUUUACCUUCCUCCCAAGUGCUGAUGAAAUAUCAGAGUCUCCGGGGACCCCCACUAGUGUUAGAAGCUUUGCAGGACGGCUUAGUCCGAGUAUUUGCUACCGUCACCCUGGUAACUCGUACCGCUUUCAGAGGAUCAGUGAUAUUGAGAGAGGUGUUGGGAUCUCCUAUACUCAUAGCCGUGUUAGCGUGUUGUCUAUCUGAUAGUGGCUAAUUUUCCUGGAUUGUGAUGAGUCCUACUUCUUUGAUUUUAAUCAUAUUUGGUAUUUAAAUGUGCUUGUCUCCAGAAUUUUCUCCAGAAUUUGCUUGUCUCCAGUAUUUGCUUGUCUCCAGAAUAAAAUUAUCAUCUAAUUGUUAGCAGUAGCCAGUAACAAAGAAGCUUAAAAUAGCUUAACUUCCAUAGCUAUUGGGCAUUGGCCCAGGUUAAAUCGUAACCAUGAGAAACUUGAUAACUUUAGUAGCGCAGUAAUUAUCUCAGUCGACCACGAGCCACUGUAAUUGUGAUAUUAACUCAUUGCCUAUAUAUUUUGUAUUAAUUAUUCUGAAUUUCUGUGCUUCAACCUAGAUGACACGGUCAAUCGACUUGAAUUUUAAGACAGAGUAACAUAGAGAUUACGUAGGAGAGUGGUUUAGGAGAAGCUAGCGCAGGAGACUACUUAUCAUUAUCUAACGAACCCUGAAAAAGAAGUUUUAACAUUUUCAAACUUUUUUCCUAAUCAUAAUUUCAAAUUUGGCCAUCUUAGCACAAUUUCUCAAAAUGGAAAUUUAAGAUGUGGCGAUAAUUGCAGUUAUUAAAGAGUGGGAAAUUGUUUAUUGCUAUGUAUGUGUUUAUAAUAUGCAUCUAAUUAAGUUGUCAAUUUCAGUUUGAAAUAUGUUCUAUUUCCUUGCAG